CAACAGAAGUUGUUGAAAAUAUCAGGACAGUAGUGUCAUUGACCAAAGAAGAUGUUUUUUAUGAAAAAUAUAAUGCUAUCUUAACAGGAUCAUACAGGAAUACAUUAAAGAGCGCACCUAUUUAUGGAUUGGCAUGCGCUCUAGCAGAAUGUUUGCUAUUCAUUAUAUGUGCACCGGUGUUUAGCCUCGGAGGAUGGCUUGUUGCACACUGCUAUAUAUAUAUUGAAAAUGUUUUCCUAACAAUUUUCAUGGUUUCUUUUACUGCUCGUAAAGUGGCGCAUCCAGAUUCCUUCACAUUAAAUUUAGGAGCUGCAAAAUUUUCAGCUGAACGCAUUUUUAAACUGGUGGAUAGAAUUCCAGAUAUUGACAUCUACAGUGAAGAAGGACAAACUUUGAAACAAAUGGAGGGAAAUCUGGAGUUUAAAAACAUCCAAUUUGUUUAUCCAGCAAGACCCAAUGUUCAGAUUCUUCAGGGACUGAACUUGAAAGUUUCUAAAGGCCAGACUCUCGCACUCGUUGGAAGCAGCGGCUGUGGAAAAAGCACAGUGGUUCAGCUUUUGGAGCGUUUUUAUGACCCUGAAGAAGGACAAGUGCUUGCUGAUGGGAUCGACAUCACGUCUUUACAUCUGAAGUGGCUGAGGUCGCAGAUAGGCAUUGUGUCACAGGAACCAAUCCUUUUUGACUGCAGCAUCAAAGAGAACAUUCAAUAUGGAGACAACAGUAGACUUGUUCCACAGGAAGAAGUCAUAGAGGCAGCGAAAGCAGCCAAUAUCCACACAUUCAUUAUGAACUUGCCACAAGGAUAUAACACUCGUGUUGGAGAUAAGGGAGCUCAGCUUUCAGGUGGACAAAAACAAAGGAUCGCCAUUGCACGCGCUCUUGUACGGAAGCCAAAAGUGUUACUCCUGGAUGAAGCCACUUCUGCUCUAGAUACCGAAAGUGAAAAGAUUGUGCAGCAAGCUCUGGAUAGUGCCAGGCAAGGACGGACAUGCAUAGUGAUUGCUCAUCGAUUAAGCACCAUUCAGAACGCUGACAUUAUCGCAGUGAUUAAGAACGGGAAAGUGGUGGAAUACGGCACUCAUAACCAGCUAUUGGCUAACCAAGCUGAUUACUAUGCUCUUGUGAACGCACAUGACUCCGACAAUUAGGCCUUAUACACAUGGCAAAGCCUUACAGUAAUAGCUUAAUGGUCUAUAUUACAGACCUUCUAGGUACUCAAUGUGCCUCUGUGAGGUGGUGCAUUCUCCCGUUAAGCAAACAUUCCAUGGAAGAAUAUAGCUAUAUAAAUCAUUGUGGAAAAAACACUACGGGAAGGAUUUAUCAUCUCCCUUGUGCCUGCGUCUCAUAAUAAGUUUGGUGCAUCCUCCAGCAGUGCAGGGGAUAUCAAAAUGAGAGAAAAACAAUGGUCUUGAUAAAUCUCCCCCGUGUGUAUUAAAUAGAGGCACACAAAUAGCCACAGAUAUA